UGUGUAUCAUCCACCACGCAUUGCCAGAGUAUCAUAGUUCCUCCUCGCCUACAUAUAAACGCUCCCGCCGCUUCCCUGCCAUUCUACCUUCAUCUCCGAAUCUCAUACUUUCGUCCCUACGCCUCUUAUCAUCGUUUUCUUCUAUUACUAGUUUUCUCCAUCCAUCUGCAUCGCAUCGUUCAAUCGUGCGUACUCGAGGGUAAGCGAUUCUCUUUUUAUUAUUCUUAGAUUCUUGUAAUCGGAAUGGCGGGUACGGGUGGCGUUGUGACCGUUUAUGGGAAUGGGACUCUCUCGGAGGCGAAAAAAUCCUCGCCCUUCUCCGUGAAGGUGGGCCUGGCACAGAUGCUCAGGGGCGGUGUCAUCAUGGACGUUGUGAAUGCCGAGCAGGCGAGGAUCGCUGAGGAGGCCGGCGCUUGCGCUGUCAUGGCCCUCGAGCGCGUCCCUGCUGAUAUCCGGGCCCAGGGCGGGGUCGCCCGCAUGAGCGAUCCCGGCCUGAUCAAGGAAAUCAAGCAGGCCGUUACGAUCCCGGUCAUGGCCAAGGCCCGCAUUGGUCACUUUGUCGAGGCCCAGAUCCUGGAGGCUAUCGGCAUCGACUACAUCGAUGAGAGCGAGGUCCUCACUCUUGCUGACGAUGAGAACCAUAUCAACAAGCACAAUUUCCGCAUUCCGUUCGUCUGUGGAUGCCGCAACCUUGGCGAGGCCCUCCGCCGCAUUCGCGAGGGGGCUGCCAUGAUCAGGACCAAGGGCGAGGCCGGCACUGGAAACAUCAUUGAGGCCGUCCGCCAUGUCCGGUCUGUCAUGGGCGACAUCAGGGUCCUCCGCAACAUGGACGAUGAUGAGGUCUUCUCCUUCGCCAAGAAGAUCUCUGCCCCCUAUGACCUUGUCAUGCAGACCAAGCAGCUCGGCCGGCUGCCCGUCGUCAAUUUUGCCGCCGGUGGCGUUGCCACCCCCGCUGAUGCUGCCCUUAUGAUGCAGCUUGGCUGCGACGGUGUCUUCGUGGGGUCGGGGGUCUUUAAGAGUGGUGACCCGGCCCGCCGUGCCCGUGCUAUCGUCCAGGCCGUCACCAACUAUAGCGACCCGGAGAUUCUUGCGGAGGUGAGCUGCGGCCUGGGAGAGGCUAUGGUUGGCCUGAACCUCAAAGACGACAAGGUUGAAAGGUACGCCAACCGCUCGGAAUAGACAGAGCAGGAAGAGAAAAAGAUAUUUGUGCUUUCGCUGCAGCCAACGGUUAUAUCUUUGCUUGUCUUUUCUUUGCUGGUAGUUUUGAAAUGAAUGUUGGGGGAUUUGAAGCACUUUGCUCCUCACUGCUCAUACAGAUAAUACCUUUUAAUAAAGUAUUUAUGUUUUGUUA